CUUCACCUUUUGAUUGAAGCUAUGUUCGGGUUGACAACAUCAAGUCGAAAACUACAAAAUUAUCACAUGGGUAAAUUAAUUAAAAAAAAAAAAAAGACGAAGCAUCCUGGCAAAUUUCUUCUGCAACUUAAUCUCUCUGCCAUUUUUUGUCCUUUUCGUAUAGUUUAUUUCCAAUUUUCCUGUUCUAGUAAAUCUGUAAUCCGCCAUGGCUGAAUCUCACAAUCCCUAAAUUUUUCACUCCAUCUCCGAAGCUGCCUCUCACUUUCCCCUUUCCAAAUCCGUUUAUAUAAAUCUUAUGCUUCUCGAUUCCCACUCACUGAUCUGCAGUUCUUCGUUUCUUCAUUGCUCUGUUCUUGAAGCUGCUCCAAUGGCGGCGACUCUGUCAUCCCCUAAUUUUCCUUUCCCCCAAACGGAUCACGUACUCGGAUCGAAAUCGACGAGAAUGCUCAAAGAUUUUCUCCAAGAAAGUAGCGGAAUCGCUUCUUCGAAAUCCAGAACGGCGUCGUUUAAAGCUCUGGCGAUUCGCGCCGUGAAGAGGAUCUCGAUCUCGAUUCCGAUUUUGCCGAGAAGUCUCUCGCGGCGGCUGCUGGGGAAGACAGAGAGAGAUGAGAGAGAAAUCGGAGGCGAUUUCGUUGUUAAAAUCAAGGACAUCAUACGCUGGAGAUCGUUCCGGGAUUUGGUCGACGAGACGACGGUGGCGGCGGAGGCUCCGCCGCUUGAUUUCGCCGAUUCGCCGGAUUGUAAUACGGCCGCCGCCACGACUACCACGACCACGACGGCGACUAGCAGUAAGAGCUCCAGUUGGUGCGAGAGCGAUUUCACGGCGGAGGAUUCGCCGUCGCCGUCGUGGAGGGGUUGCUCCGACGACGGCGAAGUUGGGAAAAAAUAUUUCCUAUGUGCUGGUGAAGAUUUGGAGGAAGACGACAAAAAGGUAGAAGCAUUAUCAAGAGAAGAAGAAGAAGAUGUAUUGAAAGAGAGGGCAUGGCGGGUGUUAGAGCACGUGGAAGCCGCGAUUUCCUUCUCGGAAAUCUGCAGCACGGCGGAGAGCCGCCCGGAUGGGCUGUUGGUGAAAUUUUUCCGGCGAGAACUGACGGAAUCUGGAGAAAGUGAAGUGGACGAAGAGGAUCUUAAAUGGCGGUGUUGGUUGCGGAAGGGAAACGAAGGUUAUUUGAGAGAAAUGGAGAGAGAGGGAAAAUGGAGUGCGUUUGGUAAUGAGGAGAAAGUGGAAUUAGGGCUUCAAAUUGAAAGGGGGAUUCUGGGCUCUUUGGUUUAUGAGCUUCUAUUUGAUAUUUUCCAAUUCUAAGUGGGAAUUUUUCAUGCCCCAUUUUUGUAGGCUAGUUGCUUCAAAAUUCAAUAUUUUUGUUGGAAAAUUUAAUGAGAUUCAAAUAAUUUUUUUUAUUA